AUGGCACCUUCCCCACUUCAAAUUAAAUCCAACGCCGUGAAACGAUUGAUCCAAGAAAACAAGUUGUAUUUGGACGAAGUCGAAGAGAAUAAGCAAUUGGUUGCCAAACUAGAAGCAGAUGGUGGUGAUGUCUAUGAUAUUAAAAAGGCAAAGCAGGUUCUCGAUGAAAGUGAACGUAUGGUAGCUCACAUGGGAAAGCUACUUGAUACUCAUCGUGGAGCACUUAAAACAUUUUUAGAGACUUACAAAGGGGAUGAAGAUACCAGUGAAGCUCAAUCCCUUUUGGAAUAA